GUUUGAAGGGCCUGCACAUGCGCAUGACGCCUUAACUCGAGCAGGUCUCUUUCUCCUCGAGUUGCUGUCCCUCGCCGCCUGUGUGGAGAGAAAAAAAAAAUAUUUUUAUACAUUUAAAACGUUUUUCCUUUUUGGAACUGAUCGGAUAUCUAAAACAUGCCGAAAAAUAAAGGUAAGGGAGGUAAGAACAGGAGACGUGGUAAGAAUGAGAACGAGUCGGAGAAGAGGGAGCUGGUGUUUAAAGAGGAUGGACAAGAGUAUGCCCAGGUGAUAAAAAUGCUGGGAAACGGCAGGUUGGAGGCCAUGUGUUUUGACGGCGUCAAGCGGCUUUGUCACAUCCGAGGAAAGCUCCGGAAAAAGGUUUGGAUCAACACAUCAGACAUUAUUCUCAUUGGCCUGAGGGAUUAUCAGGACACAAAAGCAGACGUAAUUCUGAAGUACAACGCUGACGAGGCUCGGAGCUUGAAGGCGUAUGGAGAGCUUCCAGAGCACGCCAAAAUCAACGAGACGGACACGUUCGGACCCGGAGACGACGACGAAAUCCAGUUCGACGAUAUUGGAGAUGACGACGAGGACAUUGAUGAUAUCUAACACGGAGCUGCUGCUGAGGAGGAAGUGGAUUUGUGUCCGCCAGCGGAGACGGGAUGCCCGAGUCUGACCCUCUAUUUCUCUUUCUCUCUCUCUCUCUCUCUCUCGGACCCCCAAGGCUCAGAUUUCGGGAUCCUGUUACUAAUUGACUGCAUCACUAUUUACAAUACAUUGUUAGUUUUUAAUGUAUUUAUAUUAAUUUCACAACACUGUGGAAUUUAGUUGAAGAAUCUCUGGAUUCGCAAUAAAAACAAACAAUUUUAUGGGUUUUUUUAUUUUUUUUUUUUUUUUUUUUGUCUUUGCAGUCUGUAAUUCUUAUAGCGUCCAAAUGAUCAAGAGAAAUGAAAACACAAUCCCGGAACACACGUGAACACGUUGCCUCUUUUGUGGAUGUUUUUGAAUCGAGUAAUCUGAUUUAUUUUUUAUUUUAUAUAUAUAUGAGAGUUAAAUAAAAAGAAAUGAGAAGUA